CGUCGUCGUCGUCACCUUCCCUCCCUCCUCCGCUAAGAAAAUGGCGUUUGGUCUUGUCAUUGGAACUGAGCGCGCAACUAACCUCCAGAAUGCAAUCCAGGAUGAACUCAUGAGCAGAGGGUACAGCCCCGACGCUGACCCUGUCAUGGCAGAGUACAUUACUAUUAUGAUAAUCAACAACAAGACUGCUGCUCAAAUAACGUCUGAACUUGAAGACUUGAUUGGCUCGGAUUACGACGCAAGCUUCACUGACUGGCUUUUCACCGAGGCCGCCAAGGGUGCCCCAGAUGCCGCACCACCAGCUCAACCCGCCGCCGUCAUCGCCGCCUCAGUAUCUCAAACAUCCCCAUCCGCGCCUAAAGCCGCCUCCACCCGCCCAAUACCACAAGCACCCCGCUCUACUCUUAGCCAUGCCCUCAACCAAGCCGUCCCGUCUGGCCCAUCUGGCAUCAAACGCCCCGCCUCCGGGCGCUCGCCUUCACCCUCGGGUGGCGGUCCGAAUAAGUCACGGCGGACGGACCUCCCUACCGGUCCUCGUGCCAUGCAGGCUAGUCCAAGUGGUGGUGGCGGUGGAGGCGGACGAAGUCUGCUCGACCGUAUGGGUCCGCGGAACAAGUUCGGUCAAGGAGGAGGCGGACGCGGGGACGACAUUCAGGCUCGCAUUGACAGCAUCACCAACGGCAGCGGGAUAACGCCCGAGGCGAUGAUGAUGGCGUACCAGAACGGGAUGCUCCCACCAGGGAUGGACAUGAACGCGAUGAAUGCGGUCAUGGCAGGCGCGGGUGGCAUGAACAUGAAUAUGGGGAAUAUGCAGGGGAAUCAGAUGAUGCUACAGGAGAUGAUGAUGAACCAGAUGGCGCUCAUGGCACAGAUGGCGUCGUCCAUGGGCCUAAUCAAUGGGCAGACGGGCCAGUUCUCAGGGCCUGCGUUUGGUCAGGAUGGGAAUCUCAACAACAAUAACAACCAGAACGGCUUCCAGAACGGUGGUGGAAGAGGUCGCGGAGGUAUGCGCGGGCGAGGGCGGGGUCGGGGUGGGCACGCUGGGCCGGGUCACCUGGGCUCCGGUGCGGAUGAUGGGGAGACGUUGGCGAUUAAUGGUCAAGGGUCAUCGAUAGCGGCGCCCCAACCUAUCCAUGCCAGUCCCUCGUCUGCUCCUGCUACCCUCGCUGCGCCCUCUACGCCUAGUCAACCCGCAUACGCCUUGCCUGCACGCCCAGGGACGCCCACGCUCUGCAAGUUCGGGACGAAAUGCACGAACGCGUUGUGCCGCUACUCGCAUCCUUCACCUGUUGCUUCGGCCGAGUCCGGUGUCGUCCUCUCAAGUGAGGCCUGCGAAGCCGGUAAAGACUGUCAAGACAAGGACUGCGUGAAAGGGCAUGUCAGUAAAGCUGCUGCUACAGGCCAAGUAACUGAACAAAAACCUCCCGCCACGCAUGCCCCCGCUGCCUCGCACCCCUCCACGUCCAACCAGAUUCCCUGCCGUUUUGGCACCAACUGCACACGGCCUGGCUGCUCCUUCGCCCAUCCACCUCGCCACUCCUCACACCAGAACAGCGGUACGGCCUGCCGCUUUGGCUCGGGCUGCACGCGUGCCACAUGUACCUUCUCUCACCCACCCGACCGCGUCUUGCCCGGCUCGUUCCAUCGCGGACUCGAUUCGUCAUCGCCGAGUGUCAAGGUGAACGCGCCUGGGACGGGUACGAUGUCCGGUAGCAGUGGCAGUAUGCACAAAAGCGCGGUGUUCAACACGUCCUCGACGCAAGCGUCCGCCUCUUCGCUCAAGGACGGGCAGGGCAACGGGAUCAAGGCGGAGUUAGAGAGGCAGAUGAAGGACCUCGAGGCGAAGAAGGAGGCAGCGCAAAAGGCAAUGAUGGAGGCGCAGGCUGCGGCUUCGUCAAAGACGGGCGGGGCAAAGGAUACAUCUGUUGCUGCAUGAGCGCGCGCCUCGCCGCUACCUUCGCGUCCGCAUACAACUCGAAUCUGAGGGCCGCUUUUUUCUAACGCCAAAUAUCCAGCCUCAAGGACAAGUAUUAUAAUGAAGCCUCUACCUGUGUAUUGUGAAAACCUCUCACUUCCCACAUUUUUUCUUUUUCUUAUUUCUGACAUCGACCAAUUAACCAACCCUCCGGGUGUUACUUACCUGUGCUUGCGUUGAUUAUAUGCGGGCUUCGCUGGCUGUGUAGACCCAAUUAGCGUAUGUUAGUUAGCAUACAGUACUAGUAUGACUCCUAGCGUCGCGGAAGCUAGAGGGUAGAAGAGGAGGAUGAGAACUAAAUAGACAUGGUGGAUGAUGGUGGGCCAAAGAGCUUCACCAACU